UGUCCUUGUAUUGUCCACCAACAACAUGGGGAGGGGACUUUUCUUGAAAAACCGACUGUAGAAGAACAAGUGGUGGAAGUUUGAAGCCAUCCACUGCAAAAUCUCACACAAACAACAACAUAUGGAAUAUACAGGUCUGUGAAUCACAGUUGAUGAAAAACUUGCAGUUUCAGAAAUGACUGUCAGCAAACAAGACGUGAAAAAGAAGUCUUUCAUUCAUAAAAUUUUCACCACAAAGGAGAGAGAAGGAAGCGGCUCAUCGGAUUUCUCGGAAGCACAGCAGUCUACUCCGGCAGUUGACAUUCAAUCUACAAGUGAGACAGGGUCUCAAAUGCCUGCUGGUCAAUACGCUCAGUCCUUUCGGGUUUUUGUAGCGACAUGGAAUGUAGGAGGAAAAUCUCCUCAUAUUGGCCUUAAUCUGGAUGAUUUUCUUCAAGUUUACAAUGAAUCAGACAUAUAUGUCUUGGGUUUUCAGGAAAUUGUUCCGUUAAAUGCUGGAAAUGUGCUAGUUCUAGAUAAAAAUGAACCUGCAGCAAAAUGGCUUGCUUUAAUCAAUCAGUCACUAAACAAAUCACCUGAGGGGUGUUCAACAAGCAAAUCCAGCCUAGGUGGUUCGCGAUUUUCGUCAAAGCCUUCCCUUAAAAAGGUCAGUAAGGCUUUUAGGACAGAGAGCAAACGGAGGUUGAAGAGUUGCAACUGCCCUUUUGAACUAGAGAGGAAAUAUAGUAAAGAUUUUUGUUUUACAUGCCAACAACCAAACAUAAAUGAAGACGACCUUUCUUCAGAACCGGAUGAGGAUGGAUCUAAUGUCUUUGAUAUAUCAGAAAUUUCCAUGGCCUCUGCUACCAACCAAAUGAAGUACAGCCUUAUAGCAAGUAAGCAAAUGGUAGGAAUUUUCGUGACUAUUUGGGCGAGGAAAGAGUGUAUACAAUAUGUUAGCCACUUGAGAAUCUCUUGCAUCAGUCGUGGGAUCAUGGGAUGCCUUGGAAACAAGGGCUGUAUAUCUGUGAGCUUUUUAUUCCAUCAGACAAGCUUUUGCUUUGUCUGCAGUCAUUUGGCAUCUGGUGAGAAGGAGGGCGACGAGCUUAGGAGAAAUUUGGAUGUAUUAGAGAUACUUAAGAGCACUCAGUUUCCAAAGAUUUGCAAAAAGGCUCAUAGUAGGAUGCCGGAUAAAAUUCUAGGACAUGAUAUGGUCAUAUGGUUAGGAGACUUGAAUUACCGCAUUGCUUUGAGCUACUCUGAAACCCGAAAGCUUUUGGUGGACAAUGACUGGGAUGCACUUCUUGACAAAGACCAGCUCAAAACUGAGAGAGAAGCAGGGCGAGUAUUCAAAGGAUGGAAGGAGGGAAAAAUCUACUUUGCACCUACUUACAAAUACUUUUAUAACUCAGACACUUAUUUCGGAGAGAUAAAAACAUCGAAAAAGAAAAGAAGAACACCAGCCUGGUGUGACAGAAUACUAUGGCAUGGAAAUGGGAUUAGACAACUUUCUUACAUAAGGGGAGAGUCCCGGUUCUCUGACCAUCGGCCAGUGUGUGCAACAUUUUGUGUGGAUGCUGUAGUUAAUGAGAAUGAAACGAAGAAGGGAUCGCCUAGCUCUAAUAUGAAAAUCGAAAUUGAAGAGCUCUUACCAACUGCGAGAUACCUGAACAACAUGCAAGUCAUAGCUAAAUUUGGUAGUUUCUUUGACUGUCCACUGUUAAAGGUCUUUGCCCUGACUAUCCUCUUGUAUUGUCAGUACUAAGGUGUAAAUAAUUCUCCAACAAGUGAUAUAUGUACUGUACCGAAAUGGUUGACUUCUCCGGCGUGCAAUGUGAAGGAUGUUCUCUCACAGCGAAGAAGGUCGGCUUAUGAUAUUCGGAUUUCCUAACAAGUUGAAGGGCAGAGAUGCAUAGGCGACAGAUUAUUGUGUGAAUUUCUGGUGUCUUUGUUCUUAUCAUUUAUCAAAGUGUAGUUACAAUUAUUUAUUUGUAGACAUUCCCAUUUCUCUUUGCCUAAAUUUGGGUCAAAAGAGAAUGGAGCAGAUAAUACAAAAUUGCUUGAUUCACAA